AAACAGAAUCAACUUUGGAUUAAUCUAACAGACAUCGUCUAGGAUCUUCUGGAAAAAUGAAAUUCUUCGUCAUUGCCUUUGCUGUGAUCGCAGCGGCCUCUGCGGCCUCCAUUGCCACGGAUUACCUGCCGCCGGUGGACAACAACAUCGAGGCUGCCUCCGAUCUGGUGGAGGUCCCCGCCGACCAGGGUGUUCUUGCUGACGAUGGAUACCGUUACAAGACCGUCCGCCGUGUGAUCCGUCGCCGUCGUGAUGUGAACGAGCUCCCUUCUGCUGAGUACCUGCCCCCUGUGGAGGAGGCUUCCGAGGCUGUUGCCGUUGAGACUCCCCUGGCCGAGGAUGGUUAUCGUUACAAGACCGUCCGCCGUGUGAUCCGUCGUCGUCGUGAUGUGAACGAGCUCCCUUCUGCUGAGUACCUGCCCCCUGUGGAGGAGGCUUCCGAGGCUGUUGCCGUUGAGACUCCCCUGGCUGAUGAUGGUUACCGCUACAAGACCGUGCGCCGUGUGAUCCGUCGCCGUCGUGAUGUCAACGAGCUGUCCGCCGAAUACCUGCCCCCAGUUGAGGAGUCCGCCUCCGAGGCUGUUGCUGUUGAGACUCCCCUGGCCGCUGAUGGUUACCGUUACAAGACCGUGCGCCGUGUGAUCCGUCGCCGUCGUGAUGUCUCUGAGCUGCCCUCUGCCGAGUACCUGCCCCCUGUGGAGGAGGCUUCCGAGGCUGUUGCCGUCGAGACUCCCCUGGCUGAUGAUGGCUACCGUUACAAGACUGUCCGUCGUGUGAUCCGUCGCCGUCGUGAUGUCAACGAGCUGUCCGCUGAGUACCUGCCCCCAGUUGAGGAGUCCGCCUCCGAGGCUGUUGCCGUCGAAACUCCCCUGGCUGAUGAUGGCUACCGUUACAAGACCGUCCGCCGUGUGAUCCGUCGUCGUCGUGAUGUGAACGAGCUCCCCUCUGCCGAGUACCUGCCCCCUGUGGAGGAGGCUUCCGAGGCUGUUGCCGUUGAGACUCCUCUGGCCGCUGAUGGUUACCGUUACAAGACCGUCCGCCGUGUGAUCCGUCGCCGUCGUGAUGUCUCUGAGCUGCCCUCUGCCGAGUACCUGCCCCCUGUGGAGGAGGCCGCCGCCUCUGCCAUCAUCGAUGUGCCCGCCGAGCAGACCGUGCUGGCCGCCGAUGGCUACCGCUACAAGACCGUCCGCCGCCUGAAGCUCCGUCGCCACUAAGCCGCCAACUGUGCCACCACCCACCGCAGCAUUUGAGAUUGUCAAGGAUGCUUUUCCAGAAGAAGUCCUGCCUUUGAGAGUCUCACGAUGAAACUAACCAUAAGUCGAGCGUAUUAGUCAAUUUGAAUCCGUUAUGAUCAAGCCGAGU